GGUUUGAAACGCAGGAAGGCAGAGACAGAGGGCGCCUGGGAGGAGGCAGUGGGAGGGCGGAGGGCGGGGGCCGGGUCUCAGCCCAGAGCCUUCAGGGUGGGCAUCGUGGGCAGGGCAGGUGGCUGAGGUGUGGAGCAGGGGAGAAUGCGCCUCUCCAAAACCCUCGUCGACAUGGAUAUGGCUGACUACAGUGCUGCGCUGGACCCAGCCUACACCACCCUGGAGUUUGAGAAUGUGCAGGUGUUGACGAUGGGCAAUGACACAUCCCCGUCAGAAGGCGCCAACGUCAACGCGCCCAACAGCCUGGGUGUCAGCGCCCUGUGCGCCAUCUGCGGGGACCGAGCCACGGGCAAGCACUACGGUGCCUCGAGCUGUGACGGCUGCAAGGGCUUCUUCCGGAGGAGCGUGAGGAAGAACCACAUGUACUCCUGCAGAUUUAGCCGGCAGUGCGUGGUGGACAAAGACAAGAGGAACCAGUGCCGCUACUGCAGGCUCAAGAAGUGCUUCCGGGCUGGCAUGAAGAAGGAAGCUGUCCAGAAUGAGCGGGACCGGAUCAGCACGCGGAGGUCAAGCUACGAGGACAGCAGCCUGCCCUCCAUCAGCGCGCUCCUGCAGGCGGAGGCCCUGUCCCAGCAGAUCACCUCCCCCGUCUCUGGGCUCAAUGGCGACAUCCGGGCGAAGAAGAUCGCCAGCAUCGCGGACGUGUGUGAGUCCAUGAAGGAGCAGCUGCUGGUGCUCGUGGAGUGGGCCAAGUACAUCCCGGCUUUCUGUGAGCUGCCCCUGGACGACCAGGUGGCCCUGCUCAGAGCACAUGCCGGCGAGCACCUGCUACUCGGAGCCACCAAGCGAUCCAUGGUGUUCAAGGAUGUGCUGCUCCUAGGCAAUGACUACAUCGUCCCUCGGCACUGCCCAGAACUGGCGGAGAUGAACCGGGUGUCCAUGCGCAUCCUGGACGAGCUAGUGCUGCCCUUCCAGGAGCUGCAGAUUGAUGACAACGAGUACGCUUGCCUCAAAGCCAUCAUCUUCUUUGACCCAGAUGCCAAGGGGCUGAGCGACCCGGGCAAGAUCAAGCGGCUGCGUUCCCAGGUGCAGGUGAGCUUGGAGGACUACAUCAACGACCGCCAGUACGACUCGCGCGGCCGCUUCGGCGAGCUGCUGCUGCUGCUGCCCACCCUGCAGAGCAUCACCUGGCAGAUGAUCGAGCAGAUCCAGUUCAUCAAGCUCUUCGGCAUGGCCAAGAUUGACAACCUGCUGCAGGAGAUGCUGCUGGGAGGGUCCUCCAGUGAUGCACCCCAUGCCCACCACCCCCUGCACCCUCACCUGAUGCAGGAACACAUGGGCACCAACGUCAUUGUUGCCAACACGAUGCCCGCUCACCUCAGCAACGGACAGAUGUGUGAGUGGCCCCGACCCAGGGGGCAGGCAGCCACCCCUGAGACUCCACAGCCCUCACCGCCAGGUGGCUCGGGGUCCGAGCCCUACAAGCUCCUGCCAGGAGCCAUCGCCACAAUCGUCAAGCCCCCGUCCGCCAUCCCCCAGCCGACCAUCACCAAGCAGGAAGUCAUCUAGCAAGCCGCUGGGGGUCGGGGGCUCUGCUGGCUCCCCCCAGCCCCCUCAGAGCCUGCCUGGUGAUCACUUGGUCCCAGCAAAGGAAGGCGUGACACCAGGGCCAGCCCCAGAGUGGUAAUGGGAAGGGUGAAGGGCCCGAGCACAUGGCUGAUGGCCACAGUCUGUUGCCACCCUUGAUGCCCUGCCCUGGGAGACACGGCUUUGACUUGGGGAGACCCCAGCUGGAAAGUCCUCUGCUGCCUUGGACAACUUUUCUUGUGUUGAAGCCACUGCCUUCAGCUUCAUCCAUAUCUACCCCCCACUUUACCUGGGAAAGACGGCUGUCUGGAGAUGAUUCGGGGCCCUGCUUAAACCCCACUCCCGUCACCCCAAACUGGUGCUGCUUCCCUCCCAGUCCCGGUCCUGGUGUCCAGGCACAGAGCACCUCACUCCUCCCUCUUCUGCUGCCCCCAGCUCCAACACCCCUCUCCCUCCACCCACCUCCUUGGCCAGCCUGUCUUCUCCAAAGCCACCUCUCUAGAGGCUCGGGGAGACUUAGAAACGAUCCGUCAGUCAUUCCUGGAACAUCUCGUAAUCCCAGACUGGGGCUAAGCAGAGUGCAGGAGACUCCAUUCCUCCCCCUCCAGCCCCACCGCACUUCCCUGCUUCAGGGACCUGGGUGGGUCUUCGGAGGGAUGAUGGCUUUAGGCUUUCAAGACGAGAGAGCGAGCCAAGGUUGACAACUGCAAUAGGAACUUGGAGGGAGGGCUGGAGUGGUCAGAGAAAGCAUCUGGGAAGAGGCAGACCAUGCACCAGGCCUUUGAGGAAGAGUGGGAUUCUGGCUGGUAGAGCGGGUGAAAUAGGACAUUCCGAAGAACAGCCUGGACAAAGGCCUGGAGGUAGGAAGAAUGGCGUGGGAGAGAGGCGGCACAGAGACAGGGCCUGCUGGGCCUGGAAUGCCAGUCUCAGGCCCUGAGCAGCUGGGGAGACAUGCGCAGUGAGCCAGCUUUCAUAGAUGAAUACAGCCGUCCUACCAAGGUGGGGUGGCAGGGAGGGAGCAGGGAGGUCAAAUGGGGUUGAUGAUGUAAUGCGGGUGAGAGUGACAUGGCUUGGGGAUGAAUGAACCUUCAGACCAAAGUGACAUCAGGGAGGAAUUGUCCCCCAGGGCCUGCCUCAAGCUCUUCCUAACUCCCAGGCACUGUCUUAAGGCAUUUGCCAUGCAUGGUCUCAUGUAAUCCUCCCCAGUACCUGGAGCUUGUUACAGACGGUGAAGUUGGGCUCUAAGAGGUGACGAGAUUUUUUUUCUGAAACUCAUGCAGCUGGUAAGUGGCCAAGUCAAGACUUGAACCCAGGUCUCCUGAGACUAGGAGCUCUUAACCACAGUAGCUGAACGUCUUCUCCAAAAGAGCCCCUCUGUCCCUCACUGUGAUCGAGUUCAGGGACUUCCUGGCCCUUUCACCAGCCUCAGAAACCAAAGGCUCCUUCUUCCCAGGAGCCCGGCCAACUCCCGGGACUAAGAUUGGCCUGAGGUGGCACCAGAAUCCACUUAGGGUCCAGAAUCCUGUUUGUUGGUAAAUAUUAAGGAGAAUUUCUGA